UGGUGAAUUCCAAUGGCAGAUUCGGAGUGGCCGACGAACUCUGCGCCGGAGCACUCCACUCCGGCGGAGGGUAACCGAAGGAAAUCUGCCAAUGGAACACAGGCGCUCCCUUCGGAGCAAAUGGUAGGGGGCGCUAGCGCACAUCCGCUUCCGGAAGCGCCCAGCAUUCCUUGCGUUUCGCGCUGUUUUCCCCAACCUGUUCGGCAUGAACUCGCGCGCGAGGUGUACGUGAAAAGAAGUUCCGUUUUGAAUUUUUGCUUCCUUUUUGAAUUUUUGCUUCCUGUGUUCCGAUGGAAGUCACACCGCGUGCAAGUGUCCUCCUCUUGUCGAUGGUGAACCGGGCACGUACCGACGCGGAAGUCUCAGAUCCUGGAAGCAGUGUGGACGAUCUACAGCAGCAUGGAGCCACGGGACCAAGCCAGAGGACCAGCCGCCGCAGUGCAGCUUGCGAAUGGACGGAGGGCGAAACGAAAUUGAUGCUUGAUUAUUAUGAGCAAUAUUUCCCCCAGGUGGGACCCAUGAAGAAAUUUAGAAAUAAAAAGAAAAUGUUUGGCCGCAUCGCGGAAAGCCUCAAUAAAACAAUGGGCAUAACGAGGACCGGAGAACAAUGCUGCAGUCGCUUUAAGACUGUAAUUAGGCGCAAAACGUCUGCAACUACCCAAAAUAAGAAGUCGGGAAAUUCACCCAGCGAUGUGCCAUACGACGAGGAGCUGGCCAAGAUAGCUGCUCUAGACGACAGCGUUGAACCAGAGGAGUUGCGAGAUGGCUACGGCGUUGUGUCUAGAAGAGAUACUGGGAGUGUGUCCAGCAAAAAAGGUAGUUAUAGUUCGUCAGAGGAGGCGGAGGAGACGCCGGAAUUUGAAGAAUCUCAAAGCUCGCAGAGUACUCAGAGUAGUUCAUCGACAGGGCAGACAAACACCGCUGAAAGACAAAAAACCAGGUCCCCGCGUGUUUCCACAUCAAGACUGCAAGAUAUGAAAUUUUUUCUUGAAGAAAUGAAGGAGCUGCAUGCGCAGAAGGAAGCACAGAGAGCAGCACGACACGAGGAAAGAAAAAAGCAGAAAGAAGAAAGCCGGGAAGAGAAGGCGAGACAGCACAAGGAGAAAAUGGCAAUGCUGAGCCGUCUCCUUGGAAUAACUGCGACGAGUGAAAGAGAAAAUAAAUAAACUGAUUUUAUUAAGCAUUUGUUUGUUCACUUCCAUAUAAACUUGCGAGUUUCACACGUAAUGCGGUAUAUACAUUCAUACACAGUACUUGCACAGCCAUAUAGAUAUAGAAAAAUAAAAACGAAAGUAACGAGGGUGGAAAUGAAUAUCAAAAGAAGCGAUCAGAUUGUACACACGAAUGAAAUCAGCAAGGCUAGUUUUUUUU